AUGAUGCGCACGGCCGUGCUGGUCCUCGGAUUUGCUUGCUCCUGUGCCCUUGCUGGGGACCUGUUCGAGGAAGUACGCGAUGGUGAAUUCCUCUCCCAGGCCGAUGUCCUCGUCGCGCAACUUGCCGAGCGCCUCGCCGCCCUCCCGCCAGAGCUCCGAUCCCCAUUUUCCCUCUGUAUGAAGAAGAAGGUGGUCGUCGAGAGGUUGCCGGAGUGUAUGACAGAAGCAAAUGCGGCCGCGACAACGCCUGCCGGAUCUGAGGCACCAACUACAAAGUUGCCAGGCGGAAAGUCCCCGAAACCCGGGACAAAGCUCUCCCCUGCCGAAAAAGCCCGGCUAGCCUUCCGGAACCGCCUUCUUGCCCUUCGGUCGGAGAUGAAGUUGAAUGGGAAAAGAACAGCCAGCUUCCAAGAAGCCAUGGAGGGGCUGAAGCUCGAAUUGAACCCGGCGACGACGACUACUACGAGUACGACUACGGAAAAACCUACGACUUCGAGCACGACUACCACAACAACGACAACCACUACGACAACCACUACGACAACCACAACCACCAAAAAAAUGCCCGUGACCAAGAGGGCACAUUUUAAGGUCCGUUCCGCGUCCUCAAUGGCCGAUCUGAUGAAUGAGAACCGGAGAACAGCAUCGCCGGUGUCUAGCAUGAGCUCGUUAAUCCUCUCCUUCCUCCGCCCCAACGGGACAGCCCUAGAUGAGGAAAAGCUUCUCCAAAGACAUGAAGACCUCGCCGAAAAAGCCAAAGCCGCCAAGUCGCCAUCCCCCGGUACUAAAGCAGAAUUUUUCGAUGUCGGAUUUGGGCCCAAGGGGAAGAAGGAGGAACCGGCGAGCGUGCCAAUGGCCCGGGAGACGUAUGACUUGAUCGCCGGGUUGGCUGGUCGUAAGAAGGAUGUCCCGAAGGAUCGAUCACUGACUCUGUUGAGCCCGAAGUUUGCCUCGGUUCUACCGGAAAGCGAUGAGAAGAAAGGCAUCCUAUCGCCCUCAAUCUUUGCGCUCUACGAGAACAGCAACGAGGAUCAGAUCCUCCCAAUCCCGAAGGUACUCCGGCAACUGGGACUCCAGGAGAAUGAGCAGCGACGGGUGAUGCAGGUGGCCCUCGAGCUGGCCGGGGCUCGAAAGCUGGAGGAGCAGAAGAAGGGCGAAGAAACAACACCGGAAACGCGGUUAGGUCCGGAUGGAGAGGACCUGUCCAAUGAGUGCCAAACGGGCUGCUUGGACUGUACGGGAUGGCUAUGUCACGAAUGGGCCGACCAAUACGAGCCCACCGUCUUUGGCUGUAUCAACAGCUCCACGCCGGCUGAAUCGCGAUGCAAGGCCGGUUGUGCGUCGUGCAUGCCGGACAGUUCGUGCACGAUGUGCAGACCCGGAUUGUUGAUGCGCAAUGUUGGUGGAAAGAAUCCGGAAUGCAUCAAGCGCUGCAAUCAACCCGAAACGACGGGUGGUGAACCUCUAUUGCUCUGGGGCCGUGAUCCGGAAGAUCCGAAGCUGUGCCGGUUGUGUAUGGUGCCGGGUUGCGAGAUCUGUGACGAAUGGGCCAGUGAAUGCCAACGCUGCGAGGAGGGCCGUGUUUUGGCAAUUCGACGAUCGACAACCCCAACUGAUGACCCGAUGCAAGCGUUGGAGGAGUGCGUCGAAAACACGACUGUCUCUACGGUUCCGCCAGGCGAAGUUGGCUACUACUACACGGUGCUGAACGGGCAGCCAUGGCGGUUGGAUUGUCCCUGGCAAUGUCAGAGUUGCGAAGGAGGCGACGUAUCUGGAAAGGGACCCUCUUGUACACCCAAUCCGCCGCAACCACCGACUUGCGACUUCAAAUGCGCCGUCGGGGCCUGUGACCCGCAAAAUCGUCAUCGAUGCGGCGCCUGCCGGAAUUUUAUGGUGGCCACCGCACUUGAAACGUACUGCGUCGACCGGUGCCCCACGGGCUUUGUGGCCGACGAGAAGCGCUACUGCGUGCCGGGUAGCCCAGAUGAUCACGCUACAAACCGAACCGCCGAAGGGCCACAAUAUGGCUACAAUGAGAGCUACACGAGCUCGGACGAGGGUGCUGAGGUGUCCCCCUCCGACUUGCAGUCACCCCACCACCACGAAUGGGACGUGAUGGCCGAGGACGAGCAGGGGCUGCUCAUCUACUGGGGAACCGGCGUUCAUGGCGGCGCGCUGGCAGUGGCGAUUGUUUUGGCGCUUCUUCAAAUCCAUUUCCGGAACGUGGUGGUCAUCUACCCCGCGAACCCGCCCAAUUCGUCGAGCCGGGGUGUCGGGAAUUCGGACGACGGCAUCGGCGAGUCGCAGUUUAGCCGGGUUGUCCGGCAGCGCUCCCUGCUGGACUUGUCGAGGGCGGCGGAAAGCCGCUUGGAAGGGUCU